AUAAUAAAGUUUACAAUUCAUUGAUGUAAAUUUAAGUCAAAGAGGGAAUUUUCCUUGUGAAAAUAAAUGUGUGAUGGCGAUGAGCAACACCUUAUCUUUUUCUCUCCUCCCUCUCAACCCAAAUGUCCAAGGCAACUCACCCAUUCUUCUCAAAAUCCACCACUCUACACAUUAUCAAUGUAACAUCAUUUAUGGCCAUGGAAUAAGAAAAUUAGUUGUACGAAACAACAACAAUCGAACAGCUAAGGUCACAUCAUCAUCUUCUGAUCAUUCUGUAACUGAUGAUUCAGAGUCGUCUGCAGCGAAUGUGGUGAGGAAAUUCUAUGAUGGAAUAAAUAACCGCGAUUUGGAUUCAGUUGAACAACUUAUAUCAGAGGAUUGCGUGUACGAAGACCUUGUAUUUCCUCAACCUUUCGUUGGACGUAAGGAUAUUCUCAAUUUUUUCAACAAGUUCAUUGAUUCAGUUGGACCUGAUUUGCAAUUUGUUAUUGAUGAUAUAUCUAAAGAGGAUUCAUUAGCUGUUGGAGUAACAUGGCAUUUGGAAUGGAAGGGAAGACCAUUUCCAUUUAGCAAAGGAUGCAGUUUUUAUAGAUUAGAAGUAGUGAAUGGACAAAGAGAAAUAGUUUAUGGGAGAGACAGUGUGGAACCUGCAAUCAAGCCUGGGGAGGCUGCAUUGGUUGUAAUAAGAGGGGUUGCAUGGCUACUCCAACAAUUUCCUCAAUUGGCAGAGCGGUUGUGAUCGAUAGUGGCGAAUUCAGAAUUUUCACUAAAAGGUGUUAGAAUAUAAAUAAGUAAAUUCAUGAAAAAGUCUAAGGGUGUUGAUAUGCAAUAUAGAGUGUAAUUGGAGUUAGUGUGAUUGUUCUUAGAAGAUUGAAGUUGAUUUAUGAAAAAAUAAAAAAGUACUCUGUCAAUCCCAUAUAUUUCAUGUUUCGGAUUUUGAAAUUCAAAUAAAUUUUUGUUUGAUCA